AUGAACAAGAACAAGUUCUAACUUAAGCUUAGAUUUUUUGUUUUUAAACUGAAAAGAAUUUAGUUCAAUCUAAAAUAGUCGUAAGAAAAGUGUCAACAUGAACAAGCCGUUCAAUUUAAGUGAACAUGAUCAGAAGGUAUUGGAAUCACUGUUUGUUCCCUUUGAGGGAGCUCUUCCAAGUCCAUUAAACUUAGAUAUUGAAGCUGAAAUUAAAGAUGAUAUUCCUGAAGUGAAAACUCCAUUGAUAGAAAAAUCAAUAAAGUUAGAAUUGGAAGGAAUUCGACUAACAGAAGAAAGAAAAUUAGAUGAAGCGAUUUCUAAGUUCGAAAAAGCCAUUGAAGUAGCACCAAGUAGAAGUUCCGUAUACAAUAACAAAGCUCAGGCAUUGAGAUUAAAAGGAGAUGAUGAUGGAGCAUUGAAAUAUUUAAAUAGAGCUUUAGAAUUAUCCUCUCAACAAGCCCGUACAAGAUGCCAAGCUCUUUGUCAGCGGGGAUUAUUGUAUAGGAAAAUGGAAAAUAUAAGCGCAGCUAAAGAUGACUUUGAAGAAGCCUCUAAGCUUGGUAGUCGAUUUGCUAGAAAUCAGCUCGUGGAAAUAAAUCCUUACUCGGCCUUAUGUAAUCAAAUGCUUCAAGCUGCUUUUCAAAAAUUACAGUGAAAAGAAAACAGUUUCCGGUUUAUCCAGUAAAAAGAUUAUUGUAUAAAAAUAUGUGUAAUUUUAUAUUUUAGUGAAAUAAUUAAAUUAAUUUUGGGCAAAUUACUCGUUCAAAACAUGUGACUUUUUGUUCAUAAUUCUAAGGAAAUCAGAUUUGUAUUCCAACUAAAUCUACAAACUACUUUCAUUGUAUAUAUAUUCCUAUAGUACUCUCAUGAAGCAGAAUUUUCUGUUUUGCGUCGCUACCGCUGGGAUCGCUAGUUUAUUUUAUAUUUGAACCUUAUGCAGAAAAUUGAAAUGCAGAUCUACCUUCUUCGAUUGAUAGUACUAUAAAAAUAUAUAUACAAUGCUAGUUCCUUCAGUUGAAAUCAAUUCAUAACAAGCCUCACAAGAACAAAAGUGGAGAAAUUGAGCUUAAUUAAAUGUCGGACGGAUAUUUAU